CUGCGGCGCUCUUGCUGCCAAGGAAACACGCGCGCGUGCACGCGAAGGAGGCGCGCCUCCUCUAUCUGAAUCCCAGUACAACCGCUGAUCUCCUCCUCAUCCUCAGCACCGUCUCCAUAAACCACACCAUCACCAUGGCGCAGGACUGUACAGGCGACGGCUCGUGAGUUGUAUGUAAGCCAACAGCUGCUGAAUAAGACCCGAGAGGGAGGAGAGCGUCAGUGCUGCAGGCAGCCAUGCCACUGGUGAAGCGGAGCAUUGAGCCCAGGCACCUGUGUCGAGGAGCUCUGCCGGAUGGUGUGACCAGUGAACUGGAGUGUGUGACCAACAGCACUCUCGCUGCCAUUAUCAAACAGCUGGGUGGACUGAGCAGACAUGCCGAGGACAUCUUCGGAGAGCUGUUUAAUGAAGCUAACAGCUUCUACAUGCGUAUGAACAGCCUGCAGGAGAAGGUGGAUCUUCUAGCAGUGAAGGUCACGCAGCUCGACUCCACAGUUGAAGAAGUGUCUCUGCAGGACAUCAACAUGAGGAAGGCAUUCAAGAGCUCCACCAUUCAGGACCAGCAGGUAGUCUCCAGAAACUCCAUCCUCAACUCAGUGAUGGAGAUGUACCAGCGCUGUGACAAGCCUCCUCCUCUCAACAUCCUCACUCCAUACAGAGAUGACAAGAAGGACGGUCUCAAGUUUUAUACAGAUCCCUCGUACUUCUUCAACCUAUGGAAGGAGAAAAUGCUGCAGGCCACAGAGAACAAGAGAAAGGAAAAGAGAAGGCAGAAGCAAGAGCAGAAACACCUUGAAGAUCCGACUCGUGAGGUGAAGAAAGUACGUAAGGCUCGAAACCGGAGGCAGGAGUGGAACAUGAUGGCUUAUGACAAGGAGUUCCGUCCAGACACUCGCCUCACGCCAUCUCCGUACCACGGCAUCUCGUCUGAAGGCUCCUUAUCUCCAGACAGGUCUGGAAUGUCAGAUGAACACUCGUACCCCACCAGCCCCAACCACCCUCAGGAUGCAGGUGGAGCAGGAGGUGAUAUAAAGGAGACCGGCCCCACCCAGACUCAGUCACUGGACCGUGUGUAUCGACCCCCUGCCUCUGCCUCUGCCAGCGCACGUCAGCACUCUUUGGGCCGUGUGCAGCAGCAUCAUGGAGCCCUGCCCCUUGACCCCUCCCUUAAUGGCCCCAGACCUUCUGCUGCUAAAGAUUACAGUGGCCAUCAAAUGCAGGAACAUUUUAUUCCUCCUGCUCCUCCUCCUCCUCCCCCAAUAAUCCCUUCGGCUCAGACAGCCUUCGACAGCACUGCUGUUCCUCCGGCUCUGGCCCCGGGGACGGUGUCGGCUCUCUCUCGUUCCUACAGCCCAUCUCCUCCACCUGCACCACCCUCAGCUUAUGUCUCGUCUCCUUCCCACCCUGUGAGCAGUGGAGGUCCGCCAGUUGCCCCGCCCCCUCCACCUCCAGGCCCCCCCACACACGCUCCAUCCCCUGCCAGAGCUGCUGCUCAUCCAUCCGGAGAGGGCACACUGCCCAGGAAGGGCACGGUGCCCCUGAUACCCAUAAGUGACGCUCGCAGCGACCUGCUGGCUGCCAUACGCAGAGGCAUCCAGCUGCGUAAAGUCCAGGAGCAGAGAGAGCAGGAGGCAAAGAAGGAGCCGGUGGGUAACGACGUGGCCACCAUUUUGUCUCGCCGCAUCGCUGUAGAGUACAGUGAGUCAGACGAGGACUCGGAGCCGGAGGAGAACGAAUGGUCUGACUGAGGAGAUAAACUGAUCCAUCACAUACUGUACGCACUGCUGCUAUUUUCCUGCACCAGAACACACACUUUCCUUAUACAGACAGACAGACAGACAGACAGACAGACAGACAGACAGACAGACAGACAGAGAGACAGACAGACAGACAGACAGACAGAGAGAGAGAGAGAGAGAGAGAGACAGACAGACAGACAGACAGAGAG